AUGAGGCAGCUGAAGUACCACGAGCAGAAAUUGCUCAAGAAGGUCAACCUAUUCGACUGGAAGCGAGUAGACACGCAUAGGGAGACCAAAAUUUUACGGAGGUACUACAUACAGGACCCGGAGGACUACCACAAGUACAACAAAAUCGUAGGCAAGAUAACCAAACUGGUCAGCGAGCUAAGGAAGCUCCCAGAGGACGAUGCAUUCCGAAUAAAAAUGACGGACGCGCUGCUGGAAAAAAUGUACCAGAUGGGGCUAAUAAGUGUACGCGGCAACCUGGAGCUGUGCGAGCGCCUAUCCGCCAGCGUUUUUUGCAGGCGCCGGCUUGCCACGGUUCUCGUGCAGCGCAAGUUCUGCGAGCAUCUCAAGCAGGCUAUCACGUACAUCGAGCAAGGGCACAUCAAGGUUGGGCUUGAAAUCGUGAAUAACCCCGCGUACCACGUCACCAGAGAGCUGGAGGACCACAUCACCUGGGCCCAGGGCUCCAGGAUAAAGGAGAAGGUACUCGACUUCACCGGCGCCAGAGACGAUUUCGAACUGCUGGGAAACUAG